AUAUCUGAUAAGACGGAUCAUUGAUACUCCAUAUAUUCCCUAUGCCGGUCCUCUUACCACCUUAAUGCGGUUUAUAUAGACUCGUAAGAUUCCGUUCCGUUCACCACAUCGGAGUAAACCUUGGAACAAGAGAAGAAACAGAAGGAAAAAAAAAAUGGUGGCUUGGGAAGUUGCAGCCGUCGUGGGCUGGGAUCGAGGGUUUUGUAUUGCCAUCGCCAUUAUCGUGUGGUUGGUAGUGACGAUGAUGUUCAUGAGGAGGACGUCAUGGUGUCAUCAUCAUCAGAAUUCGACUCUAGCCAUCCCACCUGGUAGCCUUGGGUUCCCUCUGAUCGGAGAAACUCUGGAUUUCUUGGCCGCCAGCCGUGGAAACAGAGGACUCUACGAUUUCGUGCAUUCUCGCCGUCUCCGGUACGGAAGUUGCUUCAAGACCAAUAUAUACGGAAGGACUCAUAUCUUCUUGUCGAGCAUAAAGUCUGCAAAGACAGUUUUGAUGAGCAACGAUGAAGUUAGUUUCAGUAAGAGAUACAUAAGGUCGAUUGCAGAGCUGGUGGGAAAGGAGAGUCUGCUCUGCGCUUCUCCUCAGGGACACCAUAAAUUACUCCGUGGCCGUCUCUCUGCUUUGUUCACCACCGAUGUCGUCUCUCUCUUCGUCGAACGCUUUGACCAUCUGGUUCUCACCACUCUUUCCCACUGGGAACGCAGGGAAACUGUCGUGGUGCUCCACGAGGCACUCUCGAUUACUUUUAAGGCUAUGUGUAGGAUGUUGAUGAGUAUGGAAGAUCCAGGUGAGCUAGAAACGCUGCAGAAGGAUGUGACUCAAGUUUGUGAGGCAAUGGUAGCAAUCCCCUUGAAGCUACCUUAUACCAGAUUCUAUAAAGGAGUUAAGGCACGAAAAAGAAUAAUGGAGACGUUGAGGAAGAUGAUUGAGCAGAGAAGGAAAGGUUUGGAACAACAUGAAGAUUUCAUGAAAGCCCUAUUAGUGGGGGAAGAAUCUUCAUCAUCAUCUGAUAAUGCAUCAGUACCACUCACAGAUAUACAAAUCCAAGACAAUAUAUUGACAAUGAUAAUUGCAGGUCAGGACACCACAGCAAGUGCAAUGACAUGGAUGGUCAAGUACUUGGAUGAGAACCAAGAUGUUCAAGAGAUGCUAAGGGCUGAGCAACUCCAGUUAAUUAGUAAAACUCCUUUUGGGUCUGUUCUUACAGUGGAAGAUUUGAAUGAAAUGCCAUAUGCAUCCAAGGUUGUUAAAGAAUCUUUAAGGAUGGCAUCAGUGGUUUCAUGGUUCCCAAGAGUAGCACUCAGUGACUGUGAAGUUGAAGGUUUUAAGAUUAAGAAGGGUUGGAUUGUUAACAUUGAUGCAAGAUCCAUACACUUAGAUCCAACAGUGUAUCAUGACCCCAACAAAUUCUAUCCUUCUAGAUUCGAUGAUGAAUCUAAACCAUACAGUUUUUUAGCUUUUGGAAUAGGGGGAAGGACAUGCCUGGGAACGAACCUUGCCAAAGCAAUGAUGCUUGUCUUCCUACAUCGUCUUGUCACAAUGUACAGGUGGAAAGUGAUUGACCCGGACCCAAGUUUAGAGAAGUGGUCACUUUUUGCAAAACUGAGAAGUGGGUGCUCUGUGAGUGUGAUGCCGCUGGCACCAAAAUAACAAAACAUAAUAUCAGCAUCGGCAGUCAGAAUUGGAACCUCAUUUUCAAGUCCAAUUAAGUUAAUUGAUCGAUCAAUGGCAUUACCAGGAAACAUUCAAAGAAGCUUCAUCCUUUUAGUGAAUGUAUGUAUAUCAAUAUUGCAUAAACAUAUCAGUAUUGAGCUUUGAACUAGUCCAGGUUCUGAAGUUCCCUUAGACAUGUUAACAACAACAAUAAUCAGCUUCAGUCUUGUAUUUAUGCUUGUUAUAUCUCAUGUGUUAGAUGGAUAUAGUCAUCGCAGACCUCAUGGAAUUGUUGUAAACUAUAUUAUAAGUCAUUGGAAGUUGGAACAUGCGUACCCCA